AACGACUCAACUCAUCCAGUCACCCACAAGUCGCCCAACAUGGCUCCAUCAGCUACGAAUGGAGAUCCCAUCGCGGCGCUUGAGGAGAUCAAAGCGCCUCCCGGCGUUGUUCUGCCUCCUCGAGAGAUCAAAGCCAUUCUCGAAAAGACAGCAGGAUAUGUAGCACGGAAUGGGAUGGUCUUUGAAGACCGCAUUCGUGAAAAAGAAAGGACUAACCCGAAAUUCUCCUUCCUGAGCCCGAACGAUUCCUAUAAUGCAUACUACCUAUGGCGACUCAGCGAGAUCAGAGAAGGUCGAGGUACGGCUGUGGCUGCUGGGCGAGCAGGCGAAGUUGCAGCUGAAGCAGAGAAGCCUAAAGGGCCCCCAGAACCGCCGGAGUUCCAUUUCUCGGCGCGCAUGCCGAAUAUCAGUGCGCAAGAUUUAGAGGUUGUGAGGCUGACUGCGCUGUUUGUGGCGAAGAAUGGACGGCAGUUUAUGACGACUUUGAGUCAGAGGGAGACGGGGAAUUACCAGUUCGACUUUUUGAGGCCGAAUCAUACGCUACAUAGCUUUUUCCAGCGACUGAUUGAUCAGUAUACUGCGCUUUUACGGGCCGGGGGAAUGGAUGGUGAAGGUGGGAAACUGCAGCAGGAACGAACUAAGGAAUUACAGGCCAACGUCGACGAUAAGUUUCACGUCCUUGGAAGAGCAAAGCAGAGGGCGGAAUGGUUCAAAUUUCAGGAUGAGCAGAAGCAGAAGAAAGAAGAAGAGGCUGAGAAGGAGAGGAUGACAUAUGCGCAGAUCGACUGGCAUGACUUCGUUGUCGUUGAGACGGUGGUAUUUACAGAGGCGGAUGAUCACACUCAACUUCCUCCACCGACUUCCUUGUCGACUUUGCAGUUUGCUUCACUGGAUCAGAAGGCUAUGAUGUCUGGGAGUGCGUCGGCCAACAUGCGGAUCGAAGAAGCAAUGCCGGAGGACAACGACUACUAUAAUAACUAUCCCCAACAACCAACGCAGGUGGCUCCUCCGCAAGUACCUCAACAAGCGUACCAGCCACAAUACCAAGAUACGCGGAUGAGGAAUGCAGAUGAAGAGGAUGAGGAAGAGCAACGUAUCAGGGAGAGAACUGAGGCGAGACAACGUGCUCAGCAAGCACAGGCGGAGGCAAAGGGAGGUGCUGCACCGAUGAGGAUCAAGGAGAACUACGUGCCAAGAGCAGCAGCAAGAGCGGCUUCUAAGCAGAAUAUGGUCUUAUGUCCAAAUUGUCGUCAACAGAUGCCUGCCAACGAGCUUGAAGAGCACAUGAGAAUUGAACUCCUCGAUCCUCGCUGGAAAGAGCAAAAGGCCAAGGCUGACAGCCGUUACGCCACGACUAAUCUGUCAACAGCAGAUGUUGCUAACAAUUUGAAGAGGUUAGCAAGUCAGAGAAGUGAUCUUUUUGAUAGCGCGACGGGACAGAUGAUUACCGAAGAGGAGUUGGCGCGGAGGAAGAAGGCCGCGAUGAACAGCUAUGAUGGGGUGCAGCUCGAGAAGGGGGAUCCAAGGCGGUUGGAGGUUAUGCAGAAUGUUAAUGUGGAGGAGCAGAUUAGAGCUAUUCAUCAGAAGUUUGGGGACAAGAAAUAAGGGAUAUGCAUGAAACGAAAAGGCGUUAUGGCGGCUCUGUAAAGUAUGGCACAUGAUGGACUUCGGGAAUUGCAAGCCCUGGUGUACUACAAAAUUUGGCUCCGAAUUGAGAGAUGUGCUCCAAAAUGUGCCUAAGCAGGCAACCAUGUACUGGUGUUUACUGGAGUAGGUGAAGAGUAGAUGGAAGCCGGAGAGCUCUCAGGAUUUCAAUCUCC